UGCCCGACUACACCAAAACUUGACCAAAUAAGAAUUAUCUUCAUCAUGCCAUAUUCAUUCUAUGCUAUCUCCAAACGUCUUACCACAUCACAAGAGGAAAGUCAAAAUACAGCGCGGUUUGAUUCUCACUCCAUUUUCCGCUCUCGGUCGGGGUAAUUGAAGCCCGACCACACGGUUGGUUUAUAAUCAUGUUCCGGUCAUGGGAAAUAUCAACCACGUAUAAAAACUUCGAGUAAUCUUGAAGAGGGAGAUUCAAUCCAACCAAGAAAACAACCACUCAUAUCGAAAAUCAAAAAGCAUUAUUCUAUCAUGAUACUUGCCGAGAGUACUACAUUACCAUGCGGUUUGACCCUGCCAAACCGUCUUUGCAAGGUAUGAAAUCUUCAUACAUUUUACAAUUUUUCUUCCUCAUGCUAACACAAAUCUCCAGGGUGCAAUGGCUGAAAGCAUGUCCACCACUCACAUCCCUGACGAGUCGUUUUUGAAGGCGUAUGGCGCCUGGGCUGAUGGUGGUUGGGGAAUGAUUAUAACAGGUUCGUAUACCAUACCAUAUUUCCUCAUAAACCCUCGAAGCAUAAGCAAAAUCAUUCAAUGAUGACCAGCUCCAACGUCCCAAGGGGCAUACUCGCCCAUUAGUUUUCCACAUCCUAACACAAAACACAGGAAAUGUACAAGUAUCCUCCAAAUACUUAGGAAGCAACAAGGACGUAGCCCAUAACUCCAACCCCACAGAGGCCACCAAGGCCAUCUGGGAAUCUUGGGCCGCAACCUGUCAACGCUCUGGAACACCCACCAUAGUUCAAAUAUGUCACCCGGGUCGUCAAUCGCCUCUUAUGGCUGGAGACCGUGGCUUUUUUGACAAAACUGUCGCUCCUUCUGCCGUCCCAUUAAAAUUGGGAAAAAGUCUCAUUGAGCGAGCCGCUUCUAAAUUAAUGUUCGGUACACCACGUGAACUGACGAUUAAUGAUAUUUCUGGACCUGGCGGUAUCAUUGAUGAGUUUGUGGUGGGUGCAAAACAAUGUUACGAGGCGGGAUUCAAAGGGGUGGAAAUUCAUGGCGCGUGAGUUCUCCAUUCUAGUGUCAUGGUUUCAAUUAUUAAUUCUCCUAAAAACAUAGCCACGGCUAUUUAUUAGCACAAUUUCUCUCUCCAUCCUCCAAUGUUCGCACUGACGAGUUUGGAGGCACAGCUAGAAAGAGAGCUGAGAUCGUGGUACGCAUUAUCAAUGCAAUAAGAAAGCAAACGAGUAAGGAAUUCUGUAUCGGUAUCAAGAUGAACAGUGUCGAUGCAUCUUCCAAUGAGUCCUUGACCGAUAGCAUGGAGCAAAUUCGAUACGUAGUAGAAGCCGGAAUUGAUUUUAUAGAGAUCUCAGGUGGUACCUAUGAGAACCCUCGUAUGAUGGAGGGAGAUGCGCCCGCCAAAAAAUCCUCAACCUCCUCCCGCGAGAGUUUCUUCCUCGAAUUCGCCAAGAGCGUGCGUGAACAAUUCCCUUCCGUGGUCCUCAUGGUCACCGGUGGUUUCCGCACGAGAAUCGGCAUGGAAGAUGCGUUACAGUCAGGAGCGUGUGAUCUUGUCGGCAUGGCUAGACCCGCUGCAAUAAUCCCCAAAUUGCCAAAGGAAAUUAUCCUUAACAAGGAUAUACCUGAUGAGGAAGCACGCGUUACUCUUGCACCACUCGCCAUACCAUUUUUAAUUCGACACUCACCUGUUAAACAAGUCGGCGCUGGUUUCCAAAGCACGUUUUUUGCAUCACAGAUUCAACGACUGUCAAAGGGUAUGACACCUGAAAAUAUCAGAGUAUAGAUAGGGGCGGUGGGCAUGUAUAUAUAGAAUCUCAGCUUUCAUUAAUUUAAUAAUCAUUUUAUUCUCUUA